UAGCUUAAUUGAAGUCCAAUACACGCUUUAUGAACCAAACACGUAGGUAGCACUAAAUAUAAGUAUCCCAUAACAAUUUAACAUGAAUAUAACUGAAUUUGGAACCAAAAAGAGUCCAGCAUGUUUGGUGGGCAGAAAAAACUUUUGGUUCUAGAACUAUGUAUGGUGGUCAUUGUUCAAGUUAUCGUUACUAUCAGCGACUCGAAGCUAGCUGCAGCAGAUAAUAAACACUCUGAAAUGAAGCUUCCCAGUGACCCUUCUGAUUUCAUAAGCAUUGACUGUGGAACGAGUGGAGAUUACAUAGAUAAUGAAACUGGUCUAUUUUAUGAGUCAGAUGCAAAAUACAUUGAUACAGGAGAAAUCAAUGAGGUAUCUCCCAAUUUCACUGCGCCAGCUUACCACCUUCAGGUAAGGCUUUUGAGGAGCUUUCCUCAAGGAAUGAGGAAUUGUUACACACUGAAGCCUAAACAAGGUGCAAACCAUAAUUAUCUAAUCAAGGCUAUUUUUGUAUAUGGGAAUUAUGAUGGCAAAAACCAGUUCCCGUCUUUUGACGUAUAUCUUGGUGUUAAUAAAUGGGUGACUAUAGAUUUCGUAAAUGAUUCCAGAAGUUCAACAGUACUUGAGAUUAUGCAUGUUCCCUCAGUGGAUUACAUAGAUGUGUGUCUUGUAAAGACUGGCUAUGGGUUACCCUUUAUUUCAGUGUUGGAGUUAAGGCCUCUAGACAACUCCAUUUAUCAAAUUCAAGAUGGUGCACUCAUGACCAUUAGGAGAUAUGAUGUUGGUGUUAUUUCUCGUUAUACCAGGUACCCAGUUGACGUCUAUGAUCGCUUGUGGACUCCUUAUAAUUUCAGUGACUCGACUGUCAUUUCCACACAGUCAACAAUAUAUACUCAAAGUUUGGAUGAUGGUUAUAAAAUACCAGCUAAAGUGCUGAAAACUGCCGCAAAAUCACAAAAUGCUAGCAUUCCCCUGAGUUUAUACUUUGACGACCCUCUAGAUUCUUCUACUCAAUGUUAUGUUUACUUCCACUUUACUGAGAUUGAAAAGCUUAAGGAAGGCCAGAAAAGGGAAUUGCGUAUUGAGCUAAAUGGUGAACGCAAUCUUACAGAAUCUAUUAGUCUUGAAUACCUAAAGCAAACAACCACAGCUCCAAAUAAUCCACCAAUCAAUGGCAGUCGACUUCAUUUUUCUAUUUAUGCAGCGGAAGGUUCAAAUCUUUCUCCAAUCCUUAAUGCCGUCGAAGCUCUUGUGUUGGUAGAGCUGCCACUUUCACCAACAAACCUUAAUGAUGUUAAUGCUAUUAAGGAUAUCAAACAAAUAUACAAAGUGACUAGAAACUGGCAAGGCGAUCCAUGUGUCCCAAGUAAUUUGUCCUGGGAAGGUUUGAAUUGUUCCAACGAUGUUACUCCAAGGAUCAUCUCAUUGAAUUUGAGCUCAAGCAAAUUGACAGGAGAGAUAGCAACUUCACUCUUUAAUCUCGAAGCAUUAACGUCACUGGAUUUAUCAUACAACAACUUAACAGGGCCGUUACCAGAAUUUUUCGCACAACUGCUAAAUCUAAAAGUCCUGAACUUAACUGGGAACAAACUCACUGGUUCAGUUCCUGAUGCUCUUAUGGAAAAGUCCAAUGGUGGAACACUUUUGAUGAGACUUGAAGGAAAUCCAGAUCUUCGCCUAUCUGUUCCGUUCCAUCAAAAGAAAAUGAAAUUUAUUACUCCAGUAAUUGCAUCUGCUAUAGUUGUCUUGCUCAUUCUUCUCGCCACCAUUGCUCUGGUUUUGUUUAAAAGGAGAAGUAGAGGAGGGAUGAUUACUGGAUACAGGAAGCAAGUAUCGCUGAAAUCUAAGAAUGAAGCAUAUACUUACACUGAGAUUGCUACAAUUACUAAAAAUUUUGCAACCGUUAUCGGAGAAGGAGGAUUUGGAAAAGUUUACUUGGGUGUUCUGAAAUACAACACUAAAGUCGCUGUUAAGGUGCUUUCUGAUACAUCAAAACAAGGCUAUAAGGAGUUUCGAGCAGAGGCAGAACUUUUAAGGUCGGUCCACAAUAAGCACUUGCUUUAUCUCAUUGGGUACUGUGAUGAGGAUGAACAUAAGGCACUGAUAUACGAAUUCAUGGAGAAUGGAAACUUGAAAAAUCGUUUAAAAGAGCAGACAGAUGCAGAUUCCCUGAGCUGGAAAGUCAGACUUAAUAUUGCGAUUGAUGCAGCCAAAGGAUUAGAGUAUCUGCACAAUGUUUCCAAGCCACCUAUAGUCCACAGAGAUUUGAAGACUUCCAACAUCUUAAUUGACGAAAAGAUGAGAGCGAAACUAGCCGAUUUUGGACUGUCUAGAGUUGUCACAGAAAGUGGACCUAAUUCUACUAACCCUGCUGGCACAUUUGGAUACAUAGAUCCCACAAUACGUCUAUCUAAAACCUUAACUAGGAAAGUGGACGUUUACAGUUUUGGGAUUAUUCUGUUUGAGCUCAUUACUGGGAAGCCUGCAGUAAUUGAUAUGGACCUAGGAAGUGACGCAUACCAUAUUCUUGAGUGGGUUAUUCCUGAAAUUGAAAGAGGGGCUAUCCAAAACAUCAUUGAUCCAAGGUUACAGGGACAAUUUAAUGCCAAUGCUGUUCAGAAAAUGGCAAAUGCUGCCUGUUCAUGUGCACGACCAACUGUAGAUGAAAGACCAGACAUAAGUGAUGUACUGGCAGAGUUGAAUAAAUGUUUGGCUAUAGAGAUGGAUCCUGGAACAACCUGCAAGACAACCUCAAGUAAUAUGCCUGAAGAGGCCUGUUCUGGGAAAAGUACAGAGAUAACUCCCUUUAAUCUGGGAAGACUUUUUGAAGAAAGAGAUGAAGAUUGCUGAUAACCAAUGAAAUAGUUUGAAGAUUUCUGGCCUCGGUCUUUCAUAUCUUACUAUCUAUUGGAUUUAGAGUUGAUCUCUUCGACUAUAAUUUGCUAUGAUGGUAUACAAUCAUAACAAAUUAAGUUUUGAGAGACCUGGAGGUAGGUAUUUCAUG